AUGAGUUCAUAUUUUGUCAAUUCACUUUCAGCCUGCUACGGCUCGGGACCUGCCGGACUUGACCCGUGCACGGAAAACAUAUCUGGCUAUGACAGAAAUCCCGCGCAUCAUCAUCAUCAACAACAGCAACACCAUCACGGUUCAAACGUGUAUUCUCCAGCUGUGUACGGAAACUCGCGCUACUCCAACUACCACCACGCACGGCUGAACUCGGAGGCUAGAUACGCCGACUCUAUUCACAGUGAGUACUACUCAGUCCCAAGAUUAUCGCACCUUCCUCCGAGCUCCCCAAGUCCUCCUCCUCUUCAAACAAACAUUAGUUGUGCGUCGUCCUGUUCACCGCCAUCGUCUUCUCCUCAGCUGUGUGAUAGAAAGCAUGUCUCGUCAGUUUGUGGAACAGCUGAAUACCGCAGCAAUACCUCAUCGACGCCAUCAAAUCUGUCCACACCCUCGGCUCUACAGAAUGUAUCAAACACAGGGACAAACAAUCAGAACAGCUCUGGAACUAACAACGGAGAACCCGGAUACUACACAACUCCUGGAAUCAACAACUUCUUGGACGACAACAAAACUUCCUGCGACUCUCCACCUCUAAGCCAAAGACAAAAGCUGCCUCAGCCAGCACACCAACAGCCAGCAGCGGCACCAUCUUCUCCGCAAUCUCCAUCAACAAAACAACAGCUACAACAACAACGACAGAACGAAAAGGGCGGCUCCCCUAACUCUCAGUCGGAUCAAGGAGAAGGAAGUUUUCCAGCACCUCAGAUUUACCCCUGGAUGCGCAGAAUGCAGUACAGUGCAG